AUGAGAAAUGAAAAUGAGGAUGGAAAGAAGUUUCAAAAUGAACCAAAUGGCGACUCGUGCGGUCGAGGGAGAGAUGGGGCUAGUAAUACGGAACCUGAGAAUAAUCCCGCGAACUUUAUGACUGUCCUAGAGAACAUGGCUGCUGCUAUGCAGGCUACAGUUGCGGCAUUAGGGAAUCAGGCCGGUAAUAGGAAUGGCAGUGAUGGAGAGAAGGUGCCAAUGACCUUAGCAACCUUCCUGAAGGUAAACCCGCCCAUCUUUAGAGAAAUGACAGACCCCACAGAGGUAGAUAGCUGGUUUCAGGUGAUGGAAUGGGCUUUACACGCACAACAAGUCCCUGAAAAUCAACGUGUUGAAUUUGUAACUUAUCAGUUAAUGGGUGAAGCCCAGCAUUGGUGGCAACGUACGCGACGCUUGCUGCAGCAAGACGACAUUGCAAUACCUUGGAAUGCCUUUCAGUUAGAAUUCUACAAAAAGUACUUCCCCAAUUCGGUCAGUACAGCUAAGGAGCUUGAAUUGUUGCAAUUGAAGCAGGGUCAAAUGUCUGUAGCCGAAUAUACAAACAAGUUUGAGGAAUUAUGUCGAUUUUUCAAGAUUUUUCAGGGUGCUCCGGGAGACUUUGAGGAAUGGAAGUGCAUCAAAUAUGAAGGAGGACUACGGAGUGACAUAUUGAGUUCAGUGGGCCCAAUGAAGAUCAGAGUUUUCUCAGACCUGGUAAACAAGAGUAGGGUUGCAGAAGAAUGUUUAAAGAAGGCUGCUAUAGAAAGAAAUGAUGGUCGGGAAUUUCACCGAAAGGAACAUAAUCAGAACUUCGCACCAAGAGGCCAAGAAUUCAAGAGAAAAGGAAAACAGUUAGCGACUACUUCAGAUGAUUCAAGUUGUCAAAAAUGCAGAAGCUAUCACCCGAAUAGGCCGUGUCGUUUUGGUUCGGGAUUAUGCUAUAAGUGCAAUCGUCUUGGGCAUAUGUCUUGA